UGGUGCCUCAUGCAUUAAUUACAGUAUGGCCCAAAGCAGGAGCAGAAGCUGGGAAGAUUUUCUGAAGUUAGCCAUUCAGUGUGAAGUCAUAAUGUGCUUGUCUCCGUGCCAACGUAUGUAUGUGCCUACCUGCAGAAAGAGAAAAGACAUGAAAAGACAGGUUCCUAAGUGUCGAGGUUCAACAACGAAUGUCUUGAGAGGUUCAGGCACCUCAUGGGAGGAAAUCCGAGCUCGAGCAGCUCAAAAGGAAAGCCGCAGCGUUUGAUCAUUGCGAAGCAGAUCCACAUCCAUUCUCGCGCAGAAGCUAUGCCCCAGAUGUUUGUCAUGCAAGGCAAAAAGAGCGAGAACAUGUUUGUGACAGUAAAGAUACCAUCUGCGGUGCAGAAAUAUUUGAGCAGAUGUCCAUGCGUUUCAUUUGAAUUUCCUUUGAAUAUUUCUUCAAUAGCGAUAGCUUGGGGUUUUUGCCUCUACAGUCGGACGGGCGCCGUCGGGUUCACGGCUGCCGGCCUGGGCGGGGUGUGUGACGGUGUCUCGGUCCUAGUGGUGUCUCGGCGGUGUCUCGGUGGUGUCGCUGGUCUCUUGGUCGUGUCUCGCCGGUGUCUUAGUAGUGUCUCGGUCGUCUCUUGGUGGUCUCUCGGUGGUGUCUCGGUGGUGUCUUGGUCAUGCCUUGGCGGUCGUGCCUUGGUGGUGUCUGCAUGGGCGGUGUUCGCUGUGUCUUGGUCGUAUCCUGGCGGCAUCGUGUUGGUGGUGUCCAGGACAAGUUGGUUUCCAGAUAUGAUUCCAAAUAUUGCAAACAGCAUGCAAUUUGCAGAUGUUAGUUGCACUGCUGCGAAAUUGCGCGAUGGCAAUGCACAGGCAGGAGCUAGCCCCGCAGCCCCAGAGUUUCCGGCAGACAAGCCUGGGGAAGAGUGGCGGUUCUACCCCACAGCAGUUGCACUGCCAGUGCCAGAAAGCGUAGCAGCCACCAUUUCAGCGCACAAAAGCGUUCCGCGCUGGAGUGCCGGGUGGCAGCUGGAAUUUCAUGGCACGUCGCUAUACGGGGUGUCAAGUGCCUUGGCUGUUGGCGAAAUUCUACCUUCCGAAAGUGACAACAGCGCCAAUGGGACGGCCUGCGGCGGAGGUGCCUACACCUCACAGUCCCAUGCAAUGGCAGCGCGAUAUGGCAUUUGCCACUAUUUCGGUGAGUGGAACCAGCCCAGCCACAGCCACUUGGUCAAGAUGUUCUUGCUUGUGGCCAUCCCUGGCGCUGCAGCUGAAGCAUUACCAGAAGCUGAGUGGCAGCAAGUGGACCGCACCCACUUGUCAAAAAGAGGAAAAAAAAGAAAAAGUGCAUUUCAGCUGACAGAGGAUGAUGCACGCCUCAAACGGGUGGCCAUGCGACUUGGUGAAGAUGGCCAGGGCACCGUCCGGGAGCGGGACUGGACGACCCAGGCACCUGGCUAUAGCCAAGCCACCUCAUCAAGGGCCUAUGUGCUCGGGGCCGUCGUGGGGGUGCUGAGCCCAGCGGCUGCGCAGCGCUACGGGCAAGAAGGGAAGCAGGCCAUGGUCACAACUGGCUGGGUGGAGAAGGCAGAAUUGCCCCUGGCGCGGCCCCGUGUUUCCAACCAGUUGCAGACUGCAAAACGCACUGCAAGAUGGAAAGUUGUUGAAUUGAAGACUAUCACAAAGGUGCAGACGAAGGUGCUCUUCAACUUGCUGACGUUGAGCUGCCGGAACCAAUCGCCAGAUGACCCAGCCCUCAUGUUCCUGCAAGAGUUGGGACCAUUGAGUGCUCUUCUACUUGCUGACGUCGAGCUGCCGGAACCAAUCGUGCUCUUCAACUUGCUGACGUCGAGCUGCCGGAACCAAUCGCCAGACGACCCAGCCCUCAUGUCAGCUUCAGGUGCUCUUCAACUUGCUGACGUCGAGCUGCCGGAACCAAUCGCCAGACGACCCAGCCCUCAUGUACUCUUCAACUUGCUGACGUCGAGCUGCCGGAGCCAAUCGCCAGAUGACCCAGUACUCUUCAACUUGCUGACGUCGAGCUGCCGGAGCCAAGCGACAGAUGACCCAGCCCAGAGUCGAAAAGAGAAAGGGCGAAACAGCUGGCUUCGGCGGUACCGCCACGAUAAAGUGAGCAUUUUGUGGAUUUGGACGCAGUGGAGCAAACAAGAACACGCGCACGGUGUGCAAGGCCUUUGCUUUGUGCCUUCAGUGCCUCCCCAUCGUGCACGGAUCUCAGCCAGGCUAACUUCGAGGCAUGCUCGAGCUCAGGAUUUGCUUUCUGGUGAAACCUUUUCUCGGAAGGCCAUUUUUUUGCUUGAGACAGAACAGCCUCUGCUGCAAUCGCUGAUCUUCGGCAGCGCCUUCAUCGCUCUCACAGCCUUUUCGGGCUUAGUCUACAAUGGUUUGGGGCAGCUGGCAUUGCUCACCACACCAGGGGCCAAACCAGGCCUUGAUGAGACACAGGUUGUCUUCGGCGAAGGCUUUGCAGUUGUCGCAGGGAUGCUGUCUUUCGCCAAUCUUACGAAAGCCCGCACUCGCAAUCUACGAGCGCUGGACGCAGAGCUUGCGUUUGGCGGCCUGAAGCUUGUGCUUAUGGAUGGCACCUCCCUGGAAAGGAAGCUGUCGGAGCUUGCAAAAGAUAGACGUGUUCUCGUUCUCUUUGCGUCUGACAAGGAAAAACUACACGAGAGCCUUCUGUUGGCAGAAGCAUACCGCCGACGUUGGUUGACAUCAAAAGUUUUGGUGGUUGCAGCGGGUGAAGUCCAAGGAGGGGGUGGCCGUUGGCUAGCACGAGCCCAAAACCCAGAGGCAUGGUCAAGGUGCUACGCAGCUUGGCAAGAUGUAUCAGGCCAGGAGCCAAGCUCAACCUCCUGGCUGCUGUUCGGACGUAGCGGGCGGCUACGCGGCCAAAGUUCAGGAAGAGGCUUCGAUCAGAUCCUCGCUUUCGUAGGUGUUGGUCAAAAUCUAUCUCUCUUGCCGCAGCGAGCCCAAGAAUCCGAAAAAGAAGUAGAAAUUCUCAAGGUGCAUGAUGACUUUUAUGUGGCGCUGAAAAGUGGAGACGCACCGCUAAUGCGGACGCUAUGGGAGGAGGCUGGUGAGGAAAAAGAUUCUAGGCCACGAGUUUCCUGGGAGGAGGUCUUGAGUGACAAGGCAGCAGUCCUUGACGUAGUUGAUGUGGAUGUUGUUCGACUUGGAAAGAGCGAAGCUAUGGUGACUUCAAUCGAGGUUUGUGCCGGCGAGGGGAGUUUGUUCAAUGACGGCGGCCCUGGCGGCAAAGGAACCUUGUUAGCGACCAAGCGCUUGAAGCUGGAGGAAAGUGGUUCCUGGCGCUUGGUGUCGCAUCAAACCAUUCCGUACUGCUGGAGACUCAGAUAA